AUGAGUGAGGACGGCCACGAGUACAGUCUGUACUCGAUUGCGCGGGGCGUCGCGUUGCCACACUGUUGUCUGCGCAAGCCGGACGCCGAGAGCAACAUCACCGCGCAACUUGGCGGUAGCACCGUGGCCUCGUGGCCUCUCUCGACCGAGACCGUCGCGGCGCUCACGACCAAGACUCUGGCCGCAUACCGGCGCAAGAUCGACUUCAACCCCAACCCCGACGGAGACGAGUUCAGCAUGACGUUCAGUAUGACACUGGCGCAUUUCGCGAUCGACUUGACCGGCGACGCGUCGACGUUCAAGCCGGCAACGAAGCGACCGCCACGCUACACCUUUGCGACGGUCGUCUACUUUUUUCCGUCUACCUGCGUCGGCGGCGCCGUCACGAUCUCGCACGGCCACCGGACAACGACGUUCGAGGCGCUCGACGGGCGCUUUCUCUCAUUCUACAAGACGUGCGACGUGACGGUCGCGCCAAUUACGUCGGGACACCGGUCGUUUGCUGUGUAUCACGCCGUCUACGACCUUGCCGACUUUGACUAUGCCGUGAAGCCGCGGUACGCACCCCCGCCGCUGCCAUCGCUCCAAGAACUCCAACUCGCCGCGCGCCGCUUUGAGCCCGAUGGCGACAAUGGUGUCAUGAUCCGGCUCGCGACGCGCAGCCCGACGCCAAUCUUUGGCUCGCUCAUGGGUCACGACAAGGCAAUUCUCGAUCUGCUACUUGCAGCCGACGUCUUUGACAUUGCCAUUGCGCGGGCGGGCGAAGGCGACGAGAGCGAGAGUGACGACGAGAGCGAGAUUGAGAGCGAGAUUGAGAGCGAGGUUGAGAGCGAGGUUGAGAGCGAGGUUGAGAGCGAGGUUGAGAGUGAGAGACCCGACGAAUGCGCCCCAACACCUUCCGAGACGUUUCAUCCGCUAUGCACGACCCCGGCACUCGUCCAAGACGCUUACCACCAGACGCCAAUCAACGAGCUGGCAGACGCGGACGAGAUCAAGCGCAUCAUCAUCAUGCGCAUUUUAGGUUACGACCGCACGAUUGGGCUCUUGCGCGCCAAUGUGGACGGUGACGUGACCGAGCACCUCGGCUACGGGUCGCUCCAAAGCAUCUUCAAAGCGGCCUACCGUGCCUUCUACCCGCAGCGUCAGAGCUACUACAAUGCCUCCAAGCCACCUCAAGCCACGCACGCGAUGGCGUCGGUGCUCUACGACCAGGGCGACGUGGGGCUCAUUGAGGCGUUCCUGGACGUUCACGAUCAUUGGGCCGACGACGAAAACAUGGCGGAUUGGCUCCUCGCGGUGCUCCGACGCUUUGGCCCGGCCCGGUUCCAGCGCCAACUCCAAACGGUCAAAGAUUCAAGUGCUUUUGCGGCUCAUGUCGUGCAUCUCGCGACGGCCGGCGACAGACUCGCGCAAACGAUCGCAUGCGACUGCAUUCCGCUGUGGUGGCCUCGCUUGCUGCGCCAUCUCACCAGGGACAGCUGCUUCACGAAGAAGGAAAAACUGGGCAAGAUGCUCGAUGUCGAGACGUACAUGCUCGAGUACUCGAUCGACGUCACUGCGAUGAACUACUUGCGUCGGCACGUCCCCGACACUGCUGUGCGCACGGUGGCCACGUACGUUACUCCACCGCUCGUUCCGCUUCUGGACGUUGUCCGAGUUGACAAGUGCCUCGUCGGUAGCCUUCCGGCGGUCGUGUGGCCACGGCGAGACGCGCUGGGCAGCGUGCGCCUCGCAGCAUGCAUUGCGCUAGCUGUCGAGCAUGCGUCCUCGUCCAAAGAGCGUCCUCGAUGCUGCAAAGGCCAUGUGCUCUACUUGGCACUGCUGACGGCUGGGACACCAGCCUUUGCCAUCGUCGACGCCGACGCCGUGUGCGGUUCGUCGUUAACCGCGAUGCAAACGCUCGUCUUGGAAGAGUACAUGCGACGUCCAUCGUAG